AUGCUGGUCAGGGUAUCCGUGGCCGAGGAACAGCACGCCGCGGAGGGGGCCUUGGAGGCGCUGGUGCUUCAGACACAGCGGGGCCAACUCCUCCUGCUGGAGCUGGAACACCAGCAGCUGUUGUCUGCGAAGAGCAAGGCGCACCGGCUGCUUCUGGAGGACCCGGAGCCCGACAUAAUCCUGCUGCAGCAGAAGGUGCAGCAGGUGGAAGCUGAGCUCGCCUUCCAGCAGCAGCAGACGGACAUGGCCCGGACAAAGACUGCCUCCAUCAUACGCUCUCUGCGCGCCGACGAGCAGCAGGCGGCAGCUCUCUUGAAGCAGCAGGCCGCGGAAGCUGAUGAGGCGAGCCGCCGCCUGUGUGAGGCGUUAACUGAGGGCCACGGGGACAUGUCCCUUCUGUGCCGCGGGGCAAAGGUGGACAUGUCACCAGAGCUGGCCAAGGUACUCAAUUGGCUGGCUCGGCAACAGGGCAAGACGGAGUCCAACAGGAAGCCCUGGAUACUCACCAAGCUGGCAAUGAAUACACCAUCCGCCACCUCCCAACAUUCAACAGCCACCAUCGCCACCUCCCAACAUCCAACAGCCACCAUCACCACCUCCCAACAUACAACAGCCACCAUCGCCACCUCCCAACAUACAACAGCCACCGUCGCCACCUCCCAACAUCCAACAGCCACCAUCACCACCUCCCAACAUCCAACAGCCACCAUCGCCACCUCCCAACAUACAACAGCCACCAUCGCCACCUCCCAACAUACAACAGCCACCAUUGCCACCACCCAACAUCCAACAGCCACCAUCGCCACCACCCAACAUCCAACACCACCAUUGCCACCACCCAACAUCCAACAGCCACCUCCCAACAUCCAACAGCCACCAUCACCACCUCCCAACAUUCAACAGCCACAUCCCAACAUCCAACAGCCACCAUCGCCACCUCCCAACAUCCAACAGCCACCUCCCAACAUCCAACAGCCCUCUCCCAACAUCCAACAGCCACCAUCGCCACCCCCCAACAUCCACCACCAUCGCCACCUCCCAACAUCCAACAGCCACCAUCGCCACCUCUCAACAUCCAACACCACCAUCGCCACCAUCCAACAUCCAACAGCCACCAUCGCCACAUCGCAACAUUCAACAGCCACCAUCGCCACCUCCCAACAUCCAACAGCCACCAUCGCCACCUCCUAA